AAUCUUUGAUACAUUUAUGCUUGCUUAUAUUAUGUGGCGUGCUUUUAUUUCUUAUUGCUUUGUUUUAUUCUUACUAUUCAAUAAAGUUAACAAUAAAAUGUAAACGUUGAACACCAUUUACGACUUUCACUUACGUAUUUAAAAUUGAUUUGGAAAAAAAAUACGAAUUCAAUAACGAUAUUUUAAUACUAGAAGUAAUAACAUUGUACAUAUGUAAAAACUAAAAUAGAACAUCUUCAAAAAACGGAAUAGAUUGAUUCAUAUGGUUUCUGUUAAUUUUAUCAUCUUCAGGUACAUAGUCUUAGUAUUACCUGGUUUGUAUCAUAGCCUUGAAGAACUACCACCAGGGGAAAAUCACAAGGAAGUUGUUACUGAAACCAUUAUUCAUCAUACGAUCAACAAUCUUUUUAGAACUCUUAAACUAAAUAAAGACAGUAAACAGGCAAGUUUUAACGAGUAUAAUACUUUACACCAAUAUUUCACAAAAUUGACGUUACAAGAUUAUGAAAACCUAAACGAAAUAAUAAGACUUACAAGAGUAAAUAGUAAAGGUGAAGAAGAUAGUUUAAUUGCAAUCAUAAAUAAUGUGCUUGAAGAAGACAAUUCGAAGACUGUACAAAAUGAAAUAGAAAUUAGUAAAGGGCCUAAAUUCAUAGAAUUAUUUUUAAACAACCUUCAACAAUUGAAACGUGAAUUUAACGUUGAUAACGAAUACGCGAACAUAAAUGAAAAUGUUCUAGAACUUUUGCGAGGUCCAAAUUUAAAAUUAAAAUCAGUGAAUGUAUCAGAUAUAGAAUCUAGACUGCAUAAGUCUGAAGAGAAUGAUGUUAUUUCUGAUAAUGAGUUCUGGGAACCGAGUGGACGUAGAAUAUUUAAAGGUGAAAGGACAAAGAUAAAACACUAUCCUUUCAUGGCCACGAUUCAGCUUUUCAAUAACUUUCACUGUGCAGGAUCUAUAAUUAAAUCUGAUCUUAUUAUAACCGCUGCUUCGUGUUUACAACUAGCUUGGAACAAUCGUUUCUUCCGAGAAAAUCCUGCUUUUCUCUCAGCUCGUGUUGGCAGCAGUUUUUACAAUGGAGGCGGAGAGGUUAUACCCAUUCUAGAAGUCUACUUUUAUCCUGGAUAUAACCCUAAAAACUUGAAAGACAAUUUAUGCUUACUGCGACUUACCAGGCAUUUGAAAUUUAAACGACGCCAAAAAAAUAUCAAGAAAAUCGACUUUGAUAGAAAUGAGUUCAAGCUUCCUUUGAAUACUCCCGGAAUUACAGUUGUUGGUUGGGGUGCGAGAGAGCACAGCUCAAUUAUUGGUAACCCUUGGAAAAAUAAAUUGUCCGAAGCUGUUCUUGAUUUUUAUCCACUGAGAGAAUGCCAGGAGGUUUAUUCCAGACAAUACGUCUCAAAGAAGAAUUUCUGUGCUGGCUUCUUUUCACGAGGUGGAGGAGCUUGUAAUCGAGAUGUUGGAGGUCCAGGUAUAUUAUAUGGAAAAUUACUUGGUGUGAUAAGCUUCGGUUCACCAGUUUGUGGCAUGCCUGAUGCUCCAACCGUCUUCACAAAACUGGGCUACUAUAGUGAUUGGAUUGAGGAUAUAAUGGAGCAGUACGUUCCAGUGUCAAAGAAGCGAACAACUCUUAAGCCCUCAUAUGAACCUCACACAGCUCCUUUUAGAUACGCACCACCGAAACCGACCACCUUCAAAAUAGGACCGAUAACUGGAAAAAUAAUGACUCCUAUACCAAUCUCUCAAAUCGAUUCUCAACUCAGAAUAAUUGAUGAAAAUGUUUUCAAAGAUUUCCUCGCUACCAUGUUUAAUAGUAAAGAAAUAAACGAAUAUAAAGAUAUUUUAAAAGAUGACGAUGACGAUAAUGCUAUAAUCGAUUUUGUCGCUAAUGAUACAGAUAUCGAGGAAACAGUUUCGCAUACAACUAUUCCGGUCACUGAACCUCGGAAUAUAGUCGAUCCACAUACAUCGCUGCUAGAUGGAUCAGUAGAUUACGAAAGCGGUAAAAAAUAUAUUGACACAGCGUAUACAGUUAUGGAUCCAGAAAAUAAUCUUUACGAAGAAGAUUUUAGCAAAAAAAUAUCCAAAAUAAUGGAUAAUGUAGACUUUGAGCAAAUCGUAAAAGAAGAAGUUAUGGUUCCAUUAAAAAUAGAAAAAAAUACAAAUCAUAUAAUCAAAGAAGCUGAUGAAUUAGUAACGUCCGAUGAAAAACGUAUCAAUAUUAAAAUGAUUUCUGGCGAUAAAACAAACCAAAAAAAAGAUGUAGGUAUGAGUAUUCCAGGUAAUAUUUUUGAAGAUUUAACAAGGGCUAAAGAGGAUGUGAAUGAUGUUUUACCAGAAAGUGUUUUGUACGAAUUAUUAUCUGAUGUUAUAAGAGAUGAAGUUGGAAAUACAAAUUAA